AUGUCACAAAGACAAAUUCAAGCUCUGGGUCAGACAAACACGACAAACUCACCACUAUCUCAACUUCGACUAUCACAUAUUGACUCAAGCGUCAAACCAUCCAAACCAAAGACGACGCCUUCAUCUAAAGCAAGCCAACCUAAAUCACUUCAUAGGGAUGGAUCUCGAAAUGGAACAAAAGAAUUCAACACUGAUGUUAACCUUGACCUGUUUGUACAAAACUCACUAGACAGCUCGACUGGAGAAACGCUUUUGCAAGACGGUGCACAGGAUUUGUCUCUAGAGGUCAUAACUAAGGAUGAAGUGAAAAAGGCUGGUGCUCUUGCCUCACUCUUCCUCGAUACGAGAAAUAUACUACAAGCAGAAUGCAAUGUUGUUGAUCCAGCACCCAACUUGGAUCCAAAUCCACUCCACCGUGACUCUCCUUUCGGGGAAACAAAAAUUAGUCGUAGCACAUUCAUCCGUGCUGAAAAAGUCAAGUCGAUGUUGGGGGUAAAGUACCUUCACAUACAACGAAUCUACGAUUGGCAGGAAGCAAAUGGUAGUCACAAUAAACAUCCAGGAGUUGAAGGAGUAUAUAACCCGCUUCAAAUUUUGCGAAAUAGGAAGAUAAGGGCAAAGUACCAUGAAUACCCCAAGACACUACAUUUGAAAACAAUACCCCUUGCAUGUAAUGUGUUUAGCAAGCACAAUCAGCCAGGUCAUCGACAUAAUCUUAGAAAGGAUUGGAAAAUGUUAUGGGCUAUUGAGUUGGAGGAGUAUAUCGGAGAUGCUCGAUGGAGAAUUCAUCAUUGGAAUGAAUUAAAAGAUCCACAUGGCAACUAUUGGUUUCCGGAUGACAAUAUAGAAGAUUAUGGGCAUCAACAUCACCACAGGAAGAAGCAUAGGUUUAGACAAAGAUUGCACGAUCGAUUGUUUGAAAUAUCGGAUGAUGAAAUAAGACACAGGCCUGACAGUGGGACGAAAGGAGAAGAGUCACAUCAUAGAGUACUGAAGAUUUCGCUUGAAACGUCGACUAGUUCGGAAAGUGAUGCCCGGAAUUCUAAAUUAUCAGGAACAGACACGCACCAUAAGCAUAGACUCAGAACAAAAGUCAAACGUCUAUAUCACGGAGAUUUGUCUUCGACUAAUUUAUUGAAACAACUCACUACAUCGGAUGAUAAGCUCCAUACUAGUCUGGCUGGAUCGGAAAAAGGGGAAAAUAUUUUGGACCAGACACAUACUGUCUCUGGCACCAAUGGAUCCUAUGACGACAAACAGCAGAACAUACCACUAAUUCAAGAACCCCAUGAAGAGGAGACACAAAUGAGCAAAACAAAUAGUCAAUCAGUAGGUCCUCCCACAAUACGUAUCGAGGAAAGUACACCGGACCCUACCAUUCAAACAAAGUUACAAAACGUUGAAAUUCACCACACGAAACGAGGUUCUAGUGACGAAUCUCCUCUGAGUUCUGCGUCGAACGAAAAUGAGGAUGGGUCGUCCCACAUUGAAAAAGUCGACACUAAAAUGGUAAAUGAUCGACAAGAACAAAACUUGGUGAGAGUUAUUGGCUGUUUGACUUAUUUGCGAGACUCUUGUCUUACUCGUAUGCAAUAUUUGUUAUCAAUAUAUCCCAACUAUUUGCAAUUAGUGCAAAACAAAGUCGACCUUAUCAAGUCAAGAUCGAUUGAUGAUGUUUUACAAUUGAUGUCACUCAUUACUGAUGAAAGCUUACCAGCGUUUGAGGAUUUACAUCGAGGGUGUCUUGAUGAAAGUAAAUCAAUUCUUCAUAUGGUGAAUAAUAAUUAUUCAAUUAAAAUUGAUACUUUGCUUAGUGCUGGAGAUCGAUCAAUUUCCGAAAUCAAUGCGUCUCUAUCGCUUGAUUUGAGGAAAACCACUGAACGAUUAGAUUUAUUGGAACAAUCAUUGUUAAAGACUAAUAGUGCAAAAUUGAAGCCAGAUUUCACCACUGAUGCUAAUAUGAUUUAUAAAAUUAUCUAUUUAAUUCUUGAGAAUAUUAUUGUGGGGUUGUUGAAAUUGGUUUGGGUAGUGGUUAAUAUUUAUAAGGCUUUUGCGUGGUGUGUAUUGCUUGUUUGGAAACUUUUGCGAGUAUUUAUCUAG